AUGGAACGCACCACAAAACUCUUCUCGGUGUUCGUUCUGUGCGUGGCGGCAAUGGCACACCAGGCUGCUGCACAGGAAAAUUUAAAAGGAAAGGAUCUAAUAAAUAAGGUAUGCAAAAAGUCCCCAACCAAAAACCUCUGCAUUCAGGUCCUCUCAUCCGACCCACUCACAAGCCCUGAUGCAGACCUCAGAGGCUUAGCAGUCAUUGCCCUUAGGGUUGCUGCCAAAAACGCUUCCAGCAUCCUCACCGAGGCCAAAACGCUUAUCAACGACGACCACCUUGACCCUGAUGUCCAACAAGGCUUGGCCGACUGCAAGGUGAACAUCUUGGACGCCGAGAGCCAGCUGGAGGACACCAUUGCUGCCCUGUUGGUCGAUUUCCACGACUCUGACAUACAGGCUUGGCUCACAGCUGCCUUGGCUGCAAUCGACACCUGCGACGCCUCUAUCCCCGGAGAUGACGACAUUCUCUCCGUUCAGAGCGCCGUCUUCCGCAAGCUCUGCAACAUUGCCAUCUCCGUCAUCUCGCUCCUCAACAAUCCAAGUAAUAAUUGUCCAAGUAAUAAUCCACUUCAUAAUACAAUCAAUAUUCCAAUCAAGAUUCCAAAUAUUCGUAAUCCACUUAAGUUAGUCUAA